AUGGGUAUGAACGCAACAGACGCAGUGGCUGCCGAGGGCACGAUCAAGUACCACCUCGUGGAAGCGGAAGAGGUGGGCCACAAGUCGCAGCCAUCUGCUACUCGCAAUGCCAAACCCAAGCGCAAGAGCAAAUUCAAUUGGUCGCAGGUUCCCGUCGAGGGUGACGAGGUGGUAACACCCGAAAGAGAAGAGAGUGCUGGUAGCGGUACGAAUAAAGACGAUGUGCGUGCGGAUGUACGGAUGCGUAGAGGACACUACGACCAGCACCAUAGUCGUGGUGGCUGGUACCCUCGGAAUGGGGGGCGCUCUGGCGGACGUCGACAAUACAGAGACAGUCACGGCUCGUUUUACAAUGGCGUGUAUGUCCCCACGCCGGACGUUACCGUGACGGCGCAAUGGGCCAAGAACCAAAUUGAAUUCUACUUCACAUGCGACAACUUGGUGCGUGACAUUUUCCUGCGUCAGCACAUGGAUGUUGAUGGGUACGUGCCCCUGGCUUUUGUAGGCAGCUUUCAGGCUGUCUACUCGGUUCACCAGGACUACGAGUCGCUGUUGGAGGCCAUGAAACACUCGAAGACCAUUGAGCUCGAUGAGCAGAAUGAAAAGAUUCGUCUACGUACAGACUGGCAGAAGUGGGUCUGGCCCAACACCAGCGGUGGCUACGGAGUGCCUCGGUACGUGAAGCACAAGACGGACGAGGCGGCAGCGGCAUAG